AUGCCAGUAAAUGGACACAGAUACGGACAUGAUUUCUCAAUAGGAUCAACUGUGUCAUUUGGUUGUGACCCAGGAUACAGGCUCAGCCAUGAAGAGCCUCUUGUGUGUGAAAAAAGCCACUGGUGGAGUCACCCUCUGCCUACUUGUGACGCAUUAUGUGGUGGUGAUGUCCGAGGACCUGGUGGCACACUUUUGUCCCCUGGCUACCCUGAGUUUUAUCCAAACUCAUUGAAUUGUACUUGGGCUGUGGAAGUUAGCCAUGGUAAAGGAGUGCAAUUCACCUUCCACACCUUUCAUUUGGAGGAUCAUCAUGACUACUUACUAAUCACAGAAAAUGGCAGCUUUACUCAGCCACUGGCACGGCUGACUGGCUCUGAACUCCCUGCUGCAAUCAAUGCUGGUCUAUAUGGAAAUUUCAAGGCGCAGUUACGCUUUAUUUCAGAUUUUUCAAUAUCAUAUGAAGGAUUUAACAUUACUUUUUCAGAGUACAAUCUUGAACCCUGUGAAGAGCCUGGUACUCCAAAAUUUGGCAGACGGAUUGGCUAUAACAUUGGCAUUGGGGACACAUUGACAUUUUCUUGCAAUUCCGGAUACAGACUUGAAGGUUCAUCUGAGAUUAUCUGCCUUGGAGGAGGCCGCCGCAUGUGGAGCGCACCUCUGCCCAGGUGUGUGGUCAUGAAUGGCAAAGCCAAGAGGAGACGGCCAACUUUAGAACCUGGAGGAAGGGCUACCCUCAGCCAUGGGUUUCCUCCUACCAGCGAGUAG